AAGCUUGUUGGCAGGGCGACAAACCACAAUAAUCAGGCCCGCCCCAUCUCGUGCCGAACUGGUCAAUCUUCAACUUACGGUCCCGACACGAAGAAACUGGUAACCUUGUCGCCAACAAUCACCUGAUGGCUCUGUUUUGUUGAGCGCACAGAAUGUACUCGACAGAGGCCGACGUCGCACGCUGGCUUUCAUCCAUCACCGACUUGAAGCACGAUCCUCUUCCCCUCCCGACCGAGUCCGGCCGAGUCGACUACGAAGGUCGGCAGCGCAAGCGACGGAAGCUCAGCACUAAUCGACACAAGCUUCCAUCGCCACCGCCUUCGGAGCUCUCAAGGACCGUGGCCGACAUGCCUCCAUCCUUAUUGAAGCGACCACGAGAUCCCGAGGACCCUAUCAACCGUGCUCACGGUACUUUAUCCACUGCACAACCGGACGAAGCACACGAUCAAAUCACUCCACGCCCCGGCCGCUUCCAACAAACUCAAACUGCAGAAUGGAUUCCAUUCUCGGCUGAUUCCAGCCACGACAGCCAGUCGUGGACAUCGAGCGCUUCCAGCCAUUCAGCACCUGUCUUGAAACGUCCAAAAUCGGUAUCAAGCCGAUCAUCUCCUUCGCGACAAAUCCGCAAUGCCGAAAUAAACCAGACAGGAUUCAGAAUGGGCAGUUUCCGGCUAGACACUUACCCUGAAUCCCUUAAUGCUUUACGGUGCGAGCUCCGCGACAUCGGUCUAGGGGAUGGCAUUUUGCCAGCUUCGCUCGAGAAUGAGCUGCGACACGCCGAUUCUGAAAUACCACGAUUCGCAUUCGACCGAGACGAAGCCACACGAGCGCAGACAGAAGCCAUCGCAACUGACUUGCCGCCAAUCGACUGGGUACAAGCAUUGAUGAAGCGCGCCGACGAAUGCGAGCUCAACCGGGAAUGCGAGGCUUCCUGGAAUGGAGAAAUCCACGCCCCGAUCCUCGAGCAGGCCUUCCGAAUUAACCGAUUUGUGAGCAAUGGACCAGUUGACUUUCGGUAUUCUCAAGCCGCGCAGAUCAUCCAUGCCUAUAAACCUCGAGAAGCGCCAUCCAAGAUGGUAGACUUCUGUGUCUUUUACAGACCUGGAAUGGGAAGCGCAGAGGAACAAGCCAUCGAAGACAUCUGCCAAACACGACCGGCUCAAUCGAUCAAUCACACCGACCUAGGGGACCUCUGCAAACGACCGAUCGCGCUCUCUAUCGAGACUAAGCGUCCCAAUAUAGAACGCGACAAUGCAACAUUGCAGAUAGGAACCUGGCAAUCUGCCCAGUGGCGCAGUCUUCAACACAAUCGCAGCCGAUCGUUACGAUUUAUCAAGUUCCUCCCGGGCAUCAUCGUUCAGGGACACGACUGGCAGUUCGUUGCGAGCAUCUUGGACGAGAAUGGCAAGUCGGUGCUGUUGAAGGGGGUUCGGCUCGGCGGGACAGAGUCAGAGCUGGCGAUUUAUUCAUUGAUCUUGGGGCUGCGGCGGCUGAGGCGGUGGAUUUUAGAGGAUUACUGGCCGACGUUUGUUUCGGAUGUCUUGGUCGUUUCAUGAUAUAGAUAACAUAAAUGAUACUUAUUUGAGCUUCA